CGCUCGGGCAAGCUGUCCCUGGUGGACCUGGCGGGCUCGGAGCGUGUCAGUCGGAGCCACUGUGUGGGCGAAACCCUCGAAGAGGCCAAGAAGAUCAACUCUUCGCUGACGGCCCUUGGCAAGGUCAUUGAUGCAUUGGUGGAGCGGCGUGGGCAUAUUCCGUACCGUGACUCGACGCUGACCCGGGUGCUGGAGGAGGCGCUGGGUGGCAAUUCCCGCACCACACUUCUGGUCGCUGCGUCGGCUUGCGCACAGUACCUGGACGAAACCAUUUGCUCUCUUCGGUUCGCUUCAAGAGCACAGAAGGCUGCCCUGGUGACCUAA